AUAUUGGGGCGUUCAAUAAAUUCUUGCAACAAUAAAAGUUCAUAAAAUAUUUUAAUCAAAAUUAUGUGGUAUUAUAAUAGCAAAUGAUAUGAAAAUUAAUGAAAGUGAUAAAUAGGGAGCAAUUUUAUUUAAUGCAAUUUUCACAAGUUCUCAAAGUUCUCGAUACAAACGCUAAUUACAUAGAAUUCUUUUGUCACUACUCAAUUGACAUGAAAUAGGUAUUUGAUUGUGUGCAUUAAAGAUUAAAUAAAGAACUUAUAAAAUCAUGCUCUAGUGUAAAGUGCAUUUUUUAAAUUGUGUCAAAAAGUAUUUCAUUAAUAAACGAAAUAAUUUAUCAAAUAUAAAUUGCCAAUUGUCAAGCAUUUCCGCGAGAAGUCAUCAAAGUGAACUUUUAUUUAGUUAAAAUAUUUUUAUAAAAAAAUGGCACGAGACUAUGAUCAUCUAUUUAAACUUUUAAUCAUUGGUGAUUCAGGUGUUGGCAAAAGUUCACUUCUCAUACGAUUCUCUGAUAAUACAUUUAGUGGGAGUUACAUCACGACUAUUGGUGUUGACUUCAAAAUUCGUACAGUUGUUAUCAAUGGUGAACGUGUGAAGUUACAAAUAUGGGAUACUGCCGGUCAAGAGCGCUUUCGAACGAUCACAAACACCUAUUACAGAGGUACACAUGGUGUGAUAGUUGUUUACGACGUGACAAAUGGUGAAUCCUUUGCUAAUGUUAAACGGUGGCUGCAAGAGAUAGAUUCAAAUUGUGAAGUUGUAAAUAAGGUGCUAGUUGGCAACAAAAAUGACGAUCCUCAAAGAAAAGUAGUUCUUACAGAAGACGCUCAGCGAUUUGCCGAACAAAUGGGAAUUCAACUUUUCGAGACAUCCGCCAAAGAUAAUAUAAAUGUCGAGGACAUGUUUUUAUCAAUAACAGAUAGAGUCUUGCGCCAUAAGAAAAAUACCCAACGUCAACAGAACGAGCAGAAUGACGACCGAAUUAAGAUUAAUGACAGAAGUCAAGGAAAAAAGAAGCGAAAGUGUUGCUAGUAACAUCAAAAUGAUUUAUUAAAACAAACAAAAAAAGAACACUUGGAAUGCCCAGCGAUUAUUACCAGCUUCAACUUUUUUAAUUUCUCUUGUUAUACCAUUGCCCAAUAUCUGUUUGACACGCUUGUAAGUGCUCAUUUUUUUCUUUCGUGUAAAUAAAUUUAGUAAUCAAAAUCAUAAUUUUUUAUAUUUCUUUAUAAAGGAUAUUUGAGUAGUAGGUAAAGGGAUAAUGCGCCAUGAUUUUCAAUGUUAAGUAGAUGGGAACAACAUAUCUUAUUUUUAUACAAGUGUCCACAAAUUUAAUCGCAAAGUUUUAAUCGUCUUUGUAUCCUUCUUUCUAUUUCGUUCUGUUCUAUCAUAUCAAUAAAAAAUAUCAAAAUUACUCUCUCAAGUUAUUUAUAUUAAAUUGAAUUCUCCAUUAAAAUCACAACAAUAUUCAAUAAAAAAGAAAUUAAUGGUAACAGAAAAUAGAACCAUCAAGUUGAGAUCUUUAAUACUUAUCAACAAAUUCAAGAUUUGAUUUGAAAGAUUAAUUUUUACGAUGCAUGUCAUUAACAUUUUGGUUUUUGAACUUUCUUCUAACAAACCUUUUAUUGCUGAAAUUGUCGAUAUUAUUAUCUUCACUGAUUCUACUCAAUUAAUUAAAUAUCCAAACAAAAUUCCAUUUGAUCAAACGAUAACAAAAUAAUUUCAAAGUUAUAAUGAAAAUUCCAAGGAGUCGUGGGAGCUAAAUAAUUAAAAUAAGACCUAAUCUGUGUUUGAUAAGUAUGACAAGGCAUAAAUAAGAAUAAAUUUCAAAAAUAAAAAACGAAAAAUAUUUGAUUAAAGCAGUAAUUUUUAU